GCCCGUUCUAAGUUCUCAUCAAUCAUCUUUCGUAUAAGUGUCAGGUUAUCUCUGAUGAAAUACCUAUGUUGGGACGUUCAGGAAUUAUUCAGCUUCGAUGGCCAACUUCUGGCGUCAGGAUAUCUCGUUCGUACCGCCAAAUCAAGCCAUUGUCAACCGCGACCGAUAUAGGCGCGCCUUCAUCGCAGAAGAGUUUCGGACCAUGGCACAACAGAAGACUCAGUCGGUUAUGGACGCCGACAGGAGGGGUUAUGACAAGCGAGACAAAGCAAGGUGACGCGACGGCUUUGUUAGUCCAGGCAGGCUACAUUCGUCAAACUCAAUCUGGUAUAUUUCAUUAUCUGCCCAUGGCGAGCCAUCUUGAAGACAUGCUACAACAAAAAUUAGCGUGGCAUCUCGAAGUAAUGCUAAAUGCUUCUCGAGUUUCUCUUUCUGCUCUAUCAUCAGAAGAUCUCUGGCGACGAAGUGGCCGAAUCGGGAAAGAGAGUCUUUCGACUGUGCAACAUCAGUUUCUUACUGUCAACGACCGUAAGAAAUCUCAUAUGAUUCUCUCUCCCACACAUGAGGAAGAGAUAACUACGCUUGUUGCAAAUGAUGCGAAAUCUUAUCACGAUUUUCCACUGCGGCUCUAUCAAAUCAACCGGAAAUAUCGAGAUGAACUUCGACCACGUCAUGGUCUUCUCCGGACGAAAGAAUUCAUGAUGAAGGAUCUUUACACGUUUGACCUUGACGAGACGGCUGCAAUGAAGACAUAUGAAGACGUGCGAGAAACUUAUCGUACCUUCUUCCGACGUCUAGGUCUACCCGUUAUCGAGGCAAAAGCGUCGUCUGGAGACAUGGGUGGUAAUCUAAGUCACGAAUUUCACAUCCUUUCUGAAUCCGGAGAAGAUACUCUGCACAUCUGUCGGUCUUGUGGGUUCGCCGAGAAUGAAGAAGUCACUAUGAAGCCAUCUGGGUCUCCGAUUGAAGACUAUAGCUGUCCUCAAUGCAGUUCGAAGUCGAUGUCAGCUCACAAUGCGAUUGAAGUCGGACAUACAUUCCAUCUAGGGACUCGUUAUAGUGAGCCACUUGGAGCUGUCGUAGAAGUUCCAAUGGAAGUACAAGCCUCAGAAUCCGAUAUAGAAGGGUCCCAAUCCGUACGCAAGACAAAGCGAGUACCCUUGCAGAUGGGUUGUCAUGGCAUUGGCGUUUCCCGUCUACUUGGGGCGACUGCUACGUUAUAUUCUGAUAGCAAAGGUCUUCGGUGGCCACUCCACUUCCACCCGAUCGGAGCCAUGAUUAUCAUUGACGGCCCUGCCAAUGAAGUUCCAGGACUAAGCAGCAUAUACAAUGCUAUUCACAAUAUUCAGCAUAAAAGACUGAAGAGCGUUUUUCCGUUUACAGCUUGGGUGGAUGAUAGGAACCGAUCGUUCGCCUGGAAAUUGAAAGAUGCUGAUCUUGUGGGAUAUCCAAUCACUAUCGUCUUGGGUCGCAAAUGGCGGGAGACUGGGGAGUACGAAAUCAAAUGCAGGUUUAACCCUUCACUCUCGAUCACGUCGAAGUAUUUAGUGGAUUCGCUUCUCGGGAUUCUGAACUCCUUGAACCCCGAAGCAAAAAACUCGAAUCAAUAUCUAGCUAACCAUGAAGCUCAUGGGCUCGAGAAAGCAGCUGCCGUGCAGCACCCUACGUAUGUCCCAGAGGAUAUACUAGAGGUCAGUGCUGAGAAAGAGCCGAGACCUUCGGAACCACAAUAUUUAGUGAAAGAAAGGUGAGCAAAACCAACACAAAUAUCGUCAUCACACACACGACGAGCGUGGAGCAAAGAUCUAGAUCCGUAGUAUCACGGCGCCUACAAGAGAAGACUCGUAUAGGCCAAACUCGACUGACAGGAGACAGACUGUGAGAACAGCACGUAGUUGAGAAUUUGAGACUGCAGUUACAGAACCAGACAAAGAUGCCAAAAUUCACGAAGCCGAAGCUGAGUCUGCCGUAUGAUAUGAAGGUCAUUCGAGAACGCAUCUUCUUAAGAUUUACGAGCUCGAGAGAUUACUCGCAUCGCAAAAUCACAAUAUAGGUUCACAAUUCAGUGGCCGUACUUGAAGAGGGAUUGGACUCCUUAUUCUUUCCUUCUAGCUCUGCCGUCCGAACACAAGAUUCUACUUAUUUUGAGUAGAUAUAUGCUUAACAUUGGUUAAGAUAUCCUGUACGAUAGCCUGUAGUAUAGAGUUAAUACCAGCCAUCUCUGUUAGACAUAAUUCGUGUCACAAACGAUGGCUCGAAUUUAAGCUGGAGGCAUAGACUUUUGAUCAAGC